UGUGUUUCACUGCAGCUCGGUCGGCCUGCAGACUGACUGACACCUCUGAUAUCUGAGAACGUUUCUGCUAGUUUUGUUGAAGGUUCUGAUGUGUCUAUGAAUCAGCUGUGACUCAUCAGCGUGUAUUUCUGUGUGUGUGUGUGUGGUCACAGUGGAGUCAGUGUCAUGGCGGUCAGCAUCAUGUCGGCUUGUUGUCGAGCGUCUCUUCUCCUUCUCUGCAUCCUUCAGGUGUUCGUCCAAGGAGAAGUGUUUCAGGCUCGGCAGGAUCAUCACGUGUUCCUGCGCUCCAAACGGGCCAACAUGUUCCUGGUGGAGGAGAUCCUGCAGGGGAACCUGGAGCGCGAGUGCUACGAGGAGCGGUGCAGCUACGAGGAGGCCCGCGAGUACUUUGAGGACACCGACAAGACGAUCGCAUUCUGGACCGUCUACUACGAUGGGGACCAGUGCGAGCCCAACCCCUGCCUUCAUGGAGCCAACUGCACCGACAAAGUGGGGGGGUUCCACUGCUCCUGCACCGACCCCCACCGUGGAAAAGUCUGUGAACUGGGAGCUGUGGAAGAGCUGGGAGAAGGAGGAUCCCCACCUUCUGCGUCCCAAACCUCCAGAGCAGAGUCCUCAGAGUGUCCGACUGAAGGUCCCACAGCCUGUCACCAGCUGUGCACGGCCGCCCACCACACCUUCACCUGCUCCUGCAUGUCGGGGUUCAAACUGCAGACAGACAGACGGAGCUGCCUGCCUGAAGUGGAGUAUCCCUGUGGAAGACUUCCUGACAAGUUCAACACGACUGCGUCUAUGUGUCGCCAUGGAAACUGUCCCUGGCAGGUGUCCCUGCUGAGCAGCAGAGGGGUGGAGCUGUGUGGAGGCGUCAUGCUGGGUCGAUUCUCCGUCCUGACGGCGGCCCGCUGCCUCUUCCUGCACUCAGAAUCAGAUCCCAGACCCUCCAGCUUCUAUGUGGUCCCUGGCAACGAGAAGACGCUCAUCCCUGUCCAGGCUCUGUACAUUCAUGACCGUUUCCGCACAGGUCACCAUGACAACAAUCUUGCCCUCCUCGAGCUGGCCCGCCCUCUGCCCUUUAGCUCCGCCCUCAUCCACCUCUGCCUGCCCACCAAGGACUUCAGUGAAAACAUCCUGAUGCAUUCUGGGAGGAUGGGAAUUGCCAAGAGACGGGGGAGCAGCCGCACUCAGAAACUGGUCUACAUGGCACUGGACGAGUGCCGCAGUCAGCUCAACAUCUCACAUCCACUCAGUAACAAAAUGUUCUGCAUGAGGAGGCAGAGUGGACCUUCAGGGAGCCAAAACGGAUUCCAAGAGAGGCCAACUGAACAUACAGCGGACCUGAACCAGCACCAGAACCAGUUCCAAAACAAUCGAAAUGGAACAGGAAACAGUGGCAGUUCAAAGACACAAAAUCAUGAGUCGCCAGCAGCUGGCGGCGGUCCGAGGUCAGAGACCAGAGGUAGGAAAUGUGGCGGUCUGUUGCCAGGGACGCCGGUCGCCACAGUGGAUCGGGGGACGGUGUUCCUGACCGGGCUGCUGAUGUCAUCAUCUACAGAAUGCGAUGGUCUGGUGUUCACCAAACUUUCCCGCUACCUGAGCUGGAUCAAACCGAGGCUGGAGGUUGCCGAGGAUCACAUGACUCCCCAAGUCAGCCAGUACCCUGAGAGUCGCUAACGAGCCGGCCAACGCCGCCAUCUUUCAAACUGUUUUCCCUUCAUCAAAUUUCUUGUUAACUUAAAGUGUCCGGAGUGGACCAAACUCGUGGUUUCAUGUGUUUGAGCUCCUAAACAUUUUCCAAAUCACAGCAGCUGUUUAGAUCAGGGCUGCCCUGCACCCCUAUGUACCGUCAUGUACUUGUGGUUCAGGCUGUGGACCCAGCAGAACCAGUCUGUCACUGAGGUUCAGGUGCAAACAAAAACAUGUGUGCAAAAAGUAAAACUAAAAAGAUCGACAAUGUGAAUUCAACUCUGUCACGUGAAACAAAUGCUGAAUUAUGAAAAGUGAUUAUGAGUAAAUGGACCAACUGCCUAAAAUAAAGACUUCAGUACCCACAA